AGGAAACCCCACAAUGACACAGGGAGAACAUGCAAACUCCACACACGGAACCUGCACAGAGACUCAAAGCAAGGUCCCGGAGGGGUGAGGCUACAGUGCCAACCACCGCACUGCCGUGCAGCUCCGACUUCAGAUAAUUCUGAAAAUUAAGCGAUACUUAUGCAGAUGGGGCCCGCACGUUGCUGCAGUGAUAAGUAGCCUACAGUAGCAUCGCACCUCUUGGACGAGGGCUUGAAUCUCCGCCCCCCCCCCCCAAGUGCUACCUGUGUGGCGUUUGCAUGUUCUCCCCGUGUGAGUUCCUCCCCAAAGUCCAAAAACAUGCCACGAUGAUUUGGAGCUGUCAGAUUGUUUGUAGGCGUGAAUGAUGUGUGUGCAGCGCCAUGCCUGGGUCCCGUGUCCCCUGGGAUAGACUCCAGACACCCGCAACCCAGCAUUGGACAAGCGGGUGUAGAAGAGGAUGGAUAAUUUAUCACUAUGUUUGUUUUCUCCAGAUCGAUGAGUUGAUUGUUCAGGGGGAGGUGGACUUUGCGGAAGCCCUGUCUGCAUUCCACUACAACAACAUUUAUGGAAUCAAGAACAGCCUGGGCCAGGUGGUCUUCUACGUGGUGGAGGAGUCAGACUGCUGCAGCAGAUUUUGUUGUGGGUCCCAGCGCCCGUUCCUCCUAAGGGUCAUCAAUAACCUUGGAGAGGAGGUCAUCAGGAUAUCACGGCCUUUGAACUGCUGCAUGCAAGAGCUGGAGGUCCAGUGUCCUCCUGGGAACCCCAUCGGAUCCGUCACUCAGGAAUUGCAUCCAUUUCUCCCUAAAUUCAUGAUCAGGAAUGAGAGGGAUGAGCCAGUACUGAAACUGACUGGGCCAUUUUGUAUAUGUGGAUGUGACACAGACUUUGAGGUAUGCACUGCUAUUGUAGCUCAAUUGUGGCACUAGCAGCAUGAAGGUUGUUUGAUCA